CUCGACAAAAAACCAUCUCACAACCUUCAGCGCCAAUCCAACCUCCAGCCUCACCACUCCACCACACGCCAAUCAGCCUCCACCACAAUGAUCUCCGCGCUCCUCAGCCUCCUCCCCGUCCUCGCGUCCCUCGCGGCCGCCGCCCCGCUUCCAGACAGCCACCUCACGCCCACGCCCUCAGACUGGAAGCCGUACCCCGCACCCGCCCCGACCGCGGCAUACCCCGACUACGCCUGGCCGGACCACGAGCACAAGUGGGACGCCUGGUCGCCGGCGUACAAGACGGGCUGUGACGUCUCGAACUACCACCUCCCGGCGUACGCUUACGACGAGUACAAGGAGGACUCGGACGCAUGGAAGACGUGGCGCGACAUGAUGCCGCCCAAGGACCAGCACCUGACAAUGACGACGACCGCGCGCGGCGUCGUGAACUACAUCUGUACCGGCGGUGUCUAUGUCCACACCGGCGUGUCGGCCGACCACUACGACACGUCCUGCGCCCUGUCGUACGCCGACGACUACAAGACCUACGCGGCCAACCUCCCGUACUACGUCUACGACGCCGUGCCCUACCCCUGGGCCGAGGACGGCAAGAACCCCUACCGCUACAUCUGGCACGAGUACGUGCCGUACCCCGGGGAGGACAAGCACGAGUACAAGCACGACUACCGCCACGAGCACACGGACGGGCACGAGCACAAGGGAGACUACGCCGCCAAGUGGACCCGCGGCGACGGGUACUACAUGUACGGGUGGGCCGCGGCGACUUACUCCCCCAGCGACAAGCACAUCCCCUGGGCCCGGUACGAGUACCUCCCCAUGGAGAAGGGCAAGGAGGACUACCUCCUCGCCCGGACCGUGCUGCGGACCGACACCGUUGGCGGGCGGGCGUCGCCCACGUGCGACACCGAGGGUGCGACGGUCAGCGUCCCGUACGCUGCCAACUACUACUUCUAUGCUUGAGCGUAGGGUUGUGAGGUCAGACUGGGCGCGCCUCGCCCGGACACGACUCAACUCAGCCUCGGACUCUUACGUAACGUAUCUCUAUACACCUCCUCAUCAGAAUCCGAUCAUAGCCCCUCUUUAGACUCCAGACUCUUGUAGUCCGUACACACUCAUUUCAUGCAGCCUACAUAUGCCCAGACAGCCUUUUCACUCGCCACUAAUGCUGACACCGCCGUACUCCUCACAGAUACAUGAACGUUACAAUGUGCACAACACUCACGGGGCAACAGACAGACACGG